AUGGUGCUGGAGAACCUCCCACAUCCUGUCAAUACCGGAAUCGCGCCAGUUACACAAUCCAAGACUUUGCGGCCCACUGUGGUUCGCAAGAAGUUUGCCAAACCACCAGUCAAAGUAGCUUGUUUGACAUGCCGUGCGUCGAGGACGCGUUGUGAUGGUCAAGACCCCUGUUCCAACUGUCUUGGUAAGAAGAAGAAAUGCUCUUAUCUGCCCAGUAGACGGGGCGGUCCCAGGAAGAAGAAAAAGAGCUCGAGUUCCCCGGAAGCGAAUCCAUAUCAGGAUGAUUCCAAAAGCUCGAGCAUCACGCCGGCACCUGGCUUUGACGAUUCUUCGACCAUGUUUGGUCAGAUCGAUGUGCUCUCUAUGCCAGGAGCUGGGCUGAGGGCCUUGGACUUCUCAUCAGAUAUGCAUACCAUGUUUGCAGAUCUCUUCACUCCAAGCAAUGGCAGCAACCCUCAUGCCCAUAUGGAACCUACGCCGUCGCCCUCAAAUGCGCCGUCGCAUACCAUGGUGAGGACAUAUGGCAACGAAUACGACAUUCUGAACGCCUACUACGACUUCAUUCACCACUACUUCCCCAUACUGCCUCCUCGAGUCGUUCCACGAUGCCCCGAUCGGCCCAUAGAGUCCGUUGGGACAUACGCCUCAUCUCCCUCUGAAGAACCUCUGCUAUCGUAUAAACCACGAUCACCGCUCAGCCUGGCAAUUUCCGUUAUUUUGGCCUUAGUACCACAUCCGGACGAUCCCGAACCUUUGUCUCCGGUUUCCGUACUCCGACGCAGAACCUAUGCCCAUACCUUCGCGCAAUUGGCAAAUGCUAGUAUCGAGCUCGAUUGCGAAUUACAAGCUUCGUCCACGGACCCAUCGCAGGCUUUGUCAAAUGGCCGGCCACUGAUCAAUCGAGAACGAUUUCAUCCGCGGACGCCUGUGGAGCUUGAAAGUCUUCUUGCGUUACUGAUCCUAUGCGUGUAUGAAUAUACGCAGCGAGGGAACCUCCUUAAAAUGAGGUAUCGUGCUGGUCAAGCUUUAGCAAUUGCACUGGAUAUGUCCCUUCAUUCACUUGGGGAAGAACACGAUGAAUGUGCUGAAGCUCGGCGGAGAGCCUGGUGGAUGACGGGAUGGGCUGUCUUGAUUCAGGCACAGCAAGUGCUUGUGUCCGCAACUCAAUUCAUAAUCGAUCUGAAUAAGUGCAUCUCAACUGGUACCAGCAUGCAUUUCAUCUAUGAAAGGAUGCAACAGCUUGAUGCGUGGGCUAGCUCCGCAUUAGCACAAUCCAAUCUCCUCCCUAUGGUGCCUAUCAGUUCCAGCGAUGAAGUGGAAUACACAACCGCCCACAGCGUCCGAGCGAUUGCGCGAAUCAAACUAUCCAGUGCUCAGAUCAAGAUACAUCGGUUUAGGGCGUUCUCGGAUAUUCCGAUUUUCAUCAAAAAGCAUUGCGACCUUACUGCAGCCAAUCCUAACAGCACCGUAUCAAACAACUCAACAUCAAAGGUGUCCAAAGAACAAGAAGGGAUGGCCAACAUUUCUUGCUGCUGCAGCAGCUUAGAUUCCUUUCCCCCCACAUCAACAUCCAGCGAGUACACAGCAUCGGCCUCUUCCACCUCGUCAACAUCCGAUUUCCACUCCAUGCCACAAUUCUCAUUCACGAGUGGAUUCCCUUACACCAGCCAGCAUUCUGCUAAGGUCUGCCUCAAGGCGGCCCUUACCAUCUCGCGGAUGUUUCCAGCCCUACCCAUGCCGCAGCCGCUGUACAUAUCUAGUGGUAGCAGCACUCCCGAACAGGACCUACAUCUGUUGUCACAAAACCAGCUACCGCGUACUAUGCCAUCUUUCGCAUGCUGCUUAAUGCAAGGGAGCUACGCUUUGUUGAUGAUAUUCUACAAGGCGAGUGUGGAGAAGCAAAUAUCUCCAGAUUACGGGACCGAAAAUACCAGCAGCGCUUCUGAUCGGUUAAUUGAGGAGAUCAGACAAGGCUUGGAGCGCAUCAUUAGGACUAUCGAAAAUUAUGCAAUUGGGUUUGAGGCGUUGGAUGGCAUGAGAGGUAAAUUUGCUGCCCAGAUCAUCCCUCAAGACUGGACACUCAACUGA